AUGGACCUCCCAGAGAGUACACAGUGGGAUGAUGCUUUAGAUGUUGAGCUUGCUGGUUCACAGAGACGUCGUCCUCAUAGCGAAGAUGCUAAGGGUGUGGGGCAGAAUCAGAGUGAGCAGGUUGCCAACGAUGCCAAUGAUGAUGAUGAUGAUGAUGAUGAUGAUGAUGGCUUGGCUCAACUAGCUGAGCUUAUGAUUUUGAGCAGCGAAGUUCAGGCAGCAGAGGCUGUGGCAGGAGCAAACGUAGAUGAAAACCUGGACCAUCUUUCUGACUAUGCUCCUAGUCAUGCAGGCGAUUUACAACUAGACCCGGAUCAAGCAGCUUCUCAGGAUGUGUCAGACAUAGGUGUGUCAGCGUCAUCUUGGGAUGAUGUUAUCAGUGAUUCUAUUGCCAGUGCACCGAGCGAAGCUGCUCAUGACAGGCCAGGGCAUGGGGUUGGGGCUGAACGUGGGCGUGGGCGUGGGCGUGGGCGUGCUGCAGGUGGUCGAAAGUCUGGCAGCCGCAUCUUGCGCCAAAGUAUUCAGGCGUUUCAGGAAGCUCAUAACAGAGAGCAGUCUGAGAAUGCAGAGCUGGUGCCACGUGUACCCAGUGUUGUAACAGCCUUAGCAGCAAGGUCAGCAAAGGCACAGAGAAUUCGUGAGCAGACCUUGGACCCUCAGCAGUUUGGCCCUUCUGCCAUCAUUUGCCACACAGGCAGCCCAGUGCAGCGAACGUUGGCUUCUGCUUUACAGUUGCUAGUGAAGACACCUGAUGACUGGAAAGCAACUCUUGCAUCCAUCAACAGCGUAGACAAACUGGAGCCUUUGGACCUAGUGUUGAGCGGUGCAGGUCUUUUAUGCAGCGCACAGGCACUGGCAAAUAUCACAAGUUCCAGCAAAACCACAGUGCAGCGGAGGCUCAUACAAGCUGGGUCAGCUACAAUGGAAUCAACUGGGUUCCUCAUAGGCAGCAUGCUCAGUCUUCUUGAGAAGCAGGCCGACCACAUAGAACCCUUUAUCUUCAUCCUGAGUGUGAAGUAUGACGAGACUCCCACCAGGGUGCGUGUGGCCACCUUGCCAAUGCAGGACGAUGAGAUGGAUCGUGGUUCUGGAUGCCAGCAUGUGAUCGUGCCAAAAUCUUGUGCUAAAGGCCCAGAGCUGCAACGUUUCUUAGCUGCUCAAGGCCAGAAGCGCUCUGCUGAUGCAAGCAUGGCUGCCCAGGCCACAAACCAUGCAAAGCUGCUGCAAACCCAGGUGGAAGUGAUCAGCGUGUACAAAGUCAAGUGCCUUGGCCAGUCUCAGGUGCCUGAAUUCCGCAGUAUUCAGACUGCGUUGCCAUGUGGCUUGCAGGCCAUGGACAGGAGCACAGGUGAGAACCAGCGGCGAGCAGUGUGGGAAACAAUCACUGUCAUCCCAGAAUUGACUAGGAUCAUGGAGUCCUUCCCAAUCCAAAUCCGCCUCGCGGUGCAUGGCUUUGUCACCUGCCAUGCGAUGCUCAUAAAGCAAGUACGAACUGGAUCGGCGUCCUUGAAAGUCAUCAUCACAUGUACACGAAACUUCUUCGCAUGUAUCUUGGCAAGCCAGCAGGCCCACCAGUUCCUCUUGGCCAUGAUGAAUCAGGAAGCGCAGAUGCUCAGCCAUUGGAUAACCAUGCCAGAGGCAGAGGUAGAGCCAAUGUCCAAGCUGAUCAGGGCCAGGGUGCUGGUUCUGCGAACUCAGAGCCCAGUGCCAAUGCAGACUCAGCACAACCAGCUGAUGCAACUUCUGCAUUUGCAGAAGAGAAUGCCAGACGGCGUGCAAGUGUUGGAGAAUAUGCUUGUUGUCAUGAAGCGCGUCCUACAGCCCAUUCAUGACUUCCUUACCAAGAUGCUGGCAACCAGUAGCAAAGCCUGGGAGAGAAAACAAAAGGCCAUUGCAGCUACGGGUAGGGAUAGAUCAUACAUCAUCCUGGAGGAUGCGCGUGGUGAAUCGGUUGCAACAACCAUGGGGCAGCUUUUGGGGACAAUUCAAGAGGACGCCUUUGGCUUUCCAACCCCAUCCGUGCCAUGUGCCUUUCGUGCGUUGAAGUUUUGCAUGGCAUCUGCAACUAUGUGCGCUGUUCAUUCGCUCAUCCGACUUAGCCAUUCAGGUUUGCCCUAUCAACUCUUCCGCCUUUUGGAUGAGCCUUCAGCAGCUGCUGACAGAUUGCUAGCUUUGCCAGAUUGCAUGCUCGACCAACUGUUCACAGAGCUCAAGAAGAUGUUUCCAACUAAGAAGCUUCUUAUGGGUCCUGAAGCCCAGGUCAUCAUCAGCACCUUGGCAAGUGUAGCCAGCACCAACAUUGCAGAUGUUGAGGCAGCCCACAACUCAACACGAGAUUUCUCAUCCAUCCGGUCGAGGGGCUGGUCUUGCUCAUUGGAAGCCCUGAGUGCACGUUUUGUGCUCCAACAAAAGCUGCGACUGCUGGGUGGCACAAACAUCCGUGGCAAUGACAAGAAGGAGGCACUUGUAAAGCGUUCCAUGGCUGCCCUACGCUGCAACCCAAGCCCAAGCCUGGGCGAGGCGGUUGAGGGUGUCCGAAAGAAACGUGGCGGUGGCGGAGGGGCGUGGAGGGCCUUUGUUUCUUAUCACCUUCCUAACAAGAAGCUGACAGCUGCCCUGGCAGCAGACCUCAGCAGCAGAUAUAGGCAGCUGGAUGAUGCACAGAAGGAAUGGUUUGCAAAGGCAGGGGCAGCAGGAACAAGGGCCCACCGUCAUGGCCAUGCAGCCUUUGGAAAGCGUGCGCCUCCGCAAGCCUUGCCAGGUGAGCAAGCAGCUGCCAAUCCAGAUGCAAUUGUUGCAGUUGAUGCAGAGCGAGAUGACUUCAGCAUGGUCUUGCUCGGUUAUGAAUCCUUCUCUGAAAAAUACGAAGCCUUCAAGCAGUCGUUGCCAAAGGCCCCUGUGCAUGAGACAGAUCCGCUCAUGGUGUCUGCAGAGCAGAGCCAAGCAAUGGCCUUGGUCCAGCAAGACCUCAGCAGUUUGCAGAUGGUGCAAGCCUUGGAGAACCAGGGCCACACUGACAUCGCUGCUGCCUUUGAAGGCAACAGCUACACCAAGGCCACCAAGGGUUGUGCGGGCAAUGGCUCAGGCUCGUCCCAAGAGGAUACCCCAUCUGUGGCACGCUUUUCCUGGUGCGCCCCUAGCGAGAAGGUUGUGCAGGCCACGCUACGCGAUGACCGUGCUGCCAACGCGCGUUGUCGUGUCCUUGUGCAUGCAGAGCAGAAGCCCAUCUGCUCAACAGAGGCAUCCGGGGCCUUCAAGGAGACGCUCUGCUUCAAGUAUGGAUUGUGCAUCUGUGGUGGGUCCGACGUGUCAGUUCCGGAUACAUUGCAUUGCUUCCACAAUAUGAAAGCUUGGAUGGCCUCUGUGUUUGCCAAGAAGCAGAAGGUGGCCCCAAGAGCACGAGUGCUAAUGGAAGGACACUUGAUUGUUUUUCGUUUCUCUGCAGGUCCAGCUUGGGAGGUCAAGAGCGUUGAUGCUGCUGAUGAAUUGCCUCUGGAUCCUGGCUCUGCUGCUGCUGGGGCCGGGGCUGCUGCUGGGGAUUCGGAACAGGUUGUUCGGUAUGUGCACCCUGGACAUGUCAAUUUCUCCACAUGGCAUUUCACCGUCAUGUGCAUGACUGAUGAUCUUCUGCGGGUCGGCAUUCCGCACGCCAGUGGUGAUGCAGGCGUUUUGCAGGUUGCUUGUUUGCCGCGCGGCGAAGCAGGUGAGACACAUGGUGUUGUCACAGACCUUCAGUUCUUUCAGAACUUGGACUUAAACCGUGCUUGGACAGUGUCAGUUUUUGGGGUCAUACUCGAUGAAGAUUGUUGGCAGCAGUGGGACACCUCUGCAAAGGUUGUGCCUAUCAAGCAGCUGGAGGACACAGACUCUUCCCAGUGCUUGAUCUGGCGAGGCUCUGCUUAUGAGCUGCACAUGAGAGAAAUGCGUAAGAAGAGAGCAGACAAGAAGCGACCGUAUGCAGCAGACAAGGCCAAGGCCCCCAACAAAAGGCAGAAGAAGACCCCUUCCAGCAAAGCUUCUGCAAAGGCAGGACUCCACAGUGCAGAUCAUGAGUCUGCUGAAAUUGGGGCUGAAGCCACGGGUGGAGCGAACCCUGCUCCAGAUGAACUCUUGCAGGCAGAGGCAGACCCAUAUGGCCUGGACCCCUUGCAUGAAGAGGAUGCAGGGCCAGAGCUGGGCAUUGGCAUCACAGCGGAGGAGAAAGAUGCAGCAGAUGCUGACCAGGCUCUGGCAGACCUGGAGCUUAUGCUGGCUGGCGAGCAGGAUGAAAUUCUUUCCAACUGCUCCCCUUCUGUGGCUGGCUCAUCCGAUGGUGAUUUUGACUGGGAUGAGUUGUUGUCUGGCAUGGAUGCACCGUCUGGUUCUGGCAAUGGCGCAGCUUCCAGCUCCAGCAAGCCGGCGCAUGCCCAGCCUGAUGAUGCGCUUCUGCUUGAUCAGCGUGAUCCUCCGCCUGAGCCUAGUGCAAUCGCAAGCGAUGCUCCAGCUGAACUUCGUGCUCCUGCAGAGCAGGCUGGUGCACGAUUGCAGGCCAAGCACAUGUUGGACAGGAUAGAAGACAUGAG